AGUGUACCAGACGAUGAAGUUUCCCAAAAGCUUACAAACUGUAUCAACACUCUAUCUAACUACAAGCAAUUUUUAGACGCAAAUACUCCAAAAAUAAAGGAAGGAAGUGUGACUCACUCCAAAUACAAUUUAUCGACGAUAUCAAAUAAGACAUCAUGUUGUGGUGGGGAUAUACCACCGCCCUGCUGUGGCGUGGGCUCAAUACAGAUUAACAGCACCAAAUGUGGAUGCCUGCCUGGUUUUAAAUUCGUUCCCGGUAGUUUAUGUGUCCGUUGUCCGUCUGACACUUAUCAGAACAAGCAAGGUCAAAGGUCAUGCAAAAAGUGUCCAGGAAGGAAACAGACAUUUGGAAAAACAGGAAUAACAAGUGAAUCCAAUUGCUCAGACACAAAUCCAUUACAGCUUAGUGACCAAGUCGUUUACCUACCUUAUGACAUCGAAUCUGAAACUCUUGUCACGAAUGUUACUGUCACGGGGCGCUUGGAGUCUUUGGUUCAACCGUUGUUGUUUUACAUGGAGGAUGUCACACAACAACAGCUGUCACGCAGAGAGUCAAAGCGGAAACGGCGUGACAUUGACGACUUUUGUGAAGGUGCCGGAACCAUUGGGCCAUUGAGUUAUUUCUGUGUUCACCGUCUGACUGGGGGAAUAGAAGUCACGGACGAGUUUAAAUUUGAAAAUGGCGACGAGUUUGAAAUAAAAAUUCGCGUCACAGACAGCGAUCAGUGGGGAAAAACUGAAAACACUGCCAGUAUCAAAUUCAUUUCACGCGAUAAUUGUAAAGAAAUUCGAGCUCUUUAUGAUGAUGCCACCAGGGAAUGUCCAAAGAAUGUUUCUUCACCCAAGGGACGGGAUUCUUGCCCAAGUGAAAAGUGCUUACUGCCUUUAUUCGACUUGCUAAACCGGCUGAACUCAAGUGAGAUAUUACAAAUGGAAUGUUCUUCUGAUCCUCAUGAUCUAGCAAAUGUGGCAAGGAUAUACUCGCAGUGUAUUGGUCCACCAAUUAUUAGCUUGUCCCCAAACCCUCAGACUGUGAAGAGAGGCGCUGAAGUCAUUUUAAAGUGUAACGCUUCCAGUCCUUUGCCUUUGAGCGUCACGUGGUUUAAGAACGGAAUGCCAGUUGGACAAUCGAGUAGCCAUCUAAAGAUUGACAGUUUUGAUAAUGACGAUCAGGGUGACUAUUUCUGCCGCUUCUCGACGUAUUUGACAAGCAGUUCCACUGCACCGGCUUUGGUUACUAUGGAAGAUACUUUUACAUCAAGAGUUUCAUUUCGAAUCGUGAAUAAAAAUUUCAAGAAUGACUUACAGGAUCCGAGAAGCUCGAGCUAUUCAGACAUGCAGAUUGCAAUUGAAAGAAACCUGGACAACUACCUCGAUAGUGGAAACCCUGCGUGGAAAUAUAAAGUCAAACUUGUGAAAUUCAGGGACUCGUUUAAGAAAGUGGGGGUGGACCUGGUGAUUUACAGCCCAGCCAAGAAUGAAGAUAUCGCUCCUUACUACAACAGACUUCAGUCGUUGCUGACUGAUGAGAGUGCUAUGGGUAACAUACUGAAACCCUUGAAGGUCUCACGUAACAGCGUUACCAUAAGGAGUGCAACUCAUUGCCUGCCGAAAGAAACCGGCAAAAAAUCAGUUAGGGGGAUAUUUGAGUGGCAGUUAACUGUGAUUGGUGGAACGUCGUCCCGUGUAAAAUGCCCGUAUGGUCCGCCCGAGGCCAAUGCCACGCGCUCAUGUGGCGGGAAUUUUUUGACUGGUGGUGUGUGGAAGAGCCCGGAUGUGAGCCUUUGCAAAUAUAAGUCUGCCAGAACAAAUAAACUUAACGAUAUCGCAAAGACAAAAGUCGACAAACAGAACGUUGCCAAGGUAACUAAAGAAGUGAAAGUUUUAACGUCAGAGCCAGACGACAUGAACGAAGCCGACGCGGUGCUCAUCGCUGACGUCAUAGAUAGCAUUGUGUUACUGGAUGAUUCACUAAAUGAGACCGCCCAGGACGUGGUCGAAGUUAUCGACAAUGUGAUGAAAAUGAAAAAGAAAGAUUUACAAGAGAGUCAACGAACCAGUAAAGCUUCCGCCAAGUUCAUUCGAGCGUUGGACAAAGUGGCCAGAAAUCUUCCUCUCUCAGAAGGCAAAAACUCCCGGCGUCUUAUCGCUCCAAGUGUUGCCAUCCAAUCAAAUCGUGUGGACCCAAGCUCUUUUACAGGCAUGUCUCUAGCUGUCAAACCACCCGCCGCUGACGCGGACAAACUGACUUCUGACAGCAUGGUUAGUGACGAACUUCCGAUGGCCGACGUCCAAACGUCAAUCUCGUUACCGGAAGUGAUUUUUGAGAGCAAGGCUCCUUCCGGAAAAGCAGUGAAGAUUGGUUUUGUGAUUUACCAGAAUGACAAAUUUUUCCAACCGGUUUUGCCGGUUGAUGAAGAAAGUGGACAAGAGAAUUCUUCGCUUGUGAGUCGAGUUAUUUCCAGUAGCGUAAAGGAUAUGACCAUUGAAAACCUUACCAGACCUGUUGAACUGGUUUUUGAGCCUGCAGUUGAAAUUGACGCGACCAACGGAGAGUUUCUAUGUGUAUUUUGGGAUUUUGAUGCCAUGGGGGGACUGGGCAACUGGUCAGAUCGAGGCUGUAGACAAGUGAAGAUCGAGGCAGGCCGAGUUAUGUGUCACUGUGAUCACAUGACGAACUUUGCAGUCCUCUUUUCUGCUGGUGGUCCUAAGAAGCACGCUGAGGAACACGCCAUGGCUCUGUCAAUCAUUUCUUACGUGGGUUGUGCAAUUUCAUUGAUCGGACUUACAUUCACAUUGAUGACGUACGCGUUGUUCAGGAAUUUACGUAAGACUAACCAACAGCCCAUCUUGAUGAGCUUGUGUGUGUCACUCAUGCUGCUUCUGAUCGUGUUUAUCGCGGGCGCAGCGCAGACAGAGAAUAUGGUUGGUUGUCGUAUUGUAGCAGUUUUUCUCCACUAUUUCGCUCUGACGACCGUGAUGUGGAUGGGAGUAGAGGGCUAUAACAUGUACAUGUCUUUUGUGCAAGUGAUGGCCACAUACCAAUCCAAAUUCAUGCUUAAGGCGUCUGCGGUGGCCUGGGGAGUGCCAGCUAUUGCAGUGAUCGUCACAAUCUCCGCUGCAACAAGUUACUAUGGCAACAAAGAUGUGUGUGUACUUUUUGGUGUUCCCUUCCAAGCUGCACAAUUUGCUCCCAUUCUUCUUGUAAUCCUCAUAAACUUCAUUGUUUUCAUCCUGGCUAUUCGUGCGCUUAAUCAUUCUGGUGCUCUGAUCUCUGCGGAGAAAAAAUCCACGUCGCACCAAAGAGCGCGCACCUCCAUCGCAAUUUUACUUCUCUUGGGACUCACAUGGGGCUUUGGAGCCCUGGCUGUUUCAAGUGCACAGUUGAUCUUUGACUACCUGUUUUGCAUAUUCAACUCACUUCAAGGGUUUUUGAUUUUCUACUUUCACUGUUUACGACACCAAGAGGUACGUAGUCAAUGGAAGUGGUUCUUCCUCGGCAAAGGGUUGAAUUUCCGGCCUACGGAGACCGAUUCUCAAACAGGAUACCCUAGGUCGAAUGCCCAGGAAAGGUUUUUGGUUUAUGAACCAUCUUUGUUAUUGCCAACGAAUGGAUCACCUAAGAAGGAGACAGUUACUUCUGUGGUUCGUGGAUCUCCACAGUCGUUCAGUUCACCUCUCGAUGUAAUACCUGCUCAAGUUUGAGCUAAUAUACUUGGUCAGAGGAACUUAAAUUAAACGAUUUUCUGUUAACAAGGACAAUUCGAAAGAUCAACAAUUUCCUUUUCUUCAGAUUACCUUGCCAGAGGAAACUUAGCCUCUGAUAGAGUAGGUCAGGCAAAGAAAACAAAAGCUGUUUCUCUGACAGCUAUAACCACCGUUGGUCGUCCUCCCAUUCUUCGGCUCACCCAGACUUAGAGCCAUGGCACGGGCGAGGGCUACUUUUAGAUAGGCGUACCUUAUGCCCCAAAAGAACUGGGACUCUGUCGCGGGAUGUCUUUGUGGGCCUAUGUCCCAGCUGGGACGAAAAGGGCACAUGUACAGAUUAAUUCUCACUUUUGCGAGGGGGUAAAUUGGAAAAAGGUUAAUUAUUAUUAUUAAUUAGUUCUUACUCGUUGCAAAAAGAACUCAAAAUGAAAGUGUAGCCGCAACCUCGUUCCCAGGGUCUUUCAUCUUGCCGCCCCUGGAGCGAGAGAAGAAAGCGAGAAGAAGAGAGAUCCUGGAACGAGGUUGGUGUAGCCGCUAUUUAUAGUUCAGCCCUGUUCUUUUUCUUUAUUCAUUUGAGAGGAGUAUGUAUAGGGUGUUUUUUUUAAUGUAUACGAAGAGGCUUCUUGAAUAGGGGUACACAUGAUAGAUAAUCAAUGAUCGAUGCAUAGACAUUCUCUCAAAAUGGGAUGAACUGGCCUUAAGUAUGCAAUGCUAGAAACCUUAUAUCAUUGUUGAAUCACACUUCAAUUUUUGUUUAUAUUAAUUUAUUAUCCGAUUUCCCUAUAUCCUAGAACUGUCACACGGACAAUUUGUGUCAGGGACAAUUCAGUAUUUAUCAUAGGGGAGGGGAGAAGGGUGAGUUUGGAGGAUUUAAGGGGGGUCGGAUCACAUGGUUUUUAGAAGGAACGGAGGGGUCUUCAUUUGUCAUGGUGCAAUUAAACGUCCUUUAAUUCUAAAUCGUGUCCUUACAUGUGGUACCGAAAAGUGAUCGAAAAAUUAAGAUUUUAAAAUUAUUAUAGGGAAGGUACUAAAAAGGACUGAAUUCUAAAUACUGUGUUCAAGGUUUCGGAAGUAAUAACCUUCCAAAAUUAGCAACAACAUUUCGUUGUUCUUCAAUGACCCAAAAUGUUACGUUCCCUUCAAAAGUUACAAACCAUUCCUCAGGAAAAUCUUCCUUUCAGAAGCAACGGAAAAAAUACGAGGAAAUCCCACAAUUUUACCCACAUCCACUGAAUACUGCACCUAACGCGAGUGUCUACAUGACUGUGAAAAUGCUCCUCAUUGAUUUUGAAAAAAACGAAAAUCAUUCCUUAAAUAGAUGUAACGAAAAGUGAUCUUGAUAUUGAAACUUAAUUUACCCAAACUGAAAGCCCAAAUAUCGAAAAGCUUUAGUUAAAGUCAUCAAGUUCUGUUUUUAUUUUCCAGCUAUAGUCUAUAGUCCUUGUCUCUUUUGAAAAUCCCUUUUUCUCGUUACCAAGAUACUUUGGGCCGUUCCUUUGGUCAAAACUAUCGAGUAAGAACAGGGCCAUCAAGAUUUAAAGCAAAUCUCAGGAGGCAGGAUCUGGCUACAUCAAUCACUGAUGGCAGCUGCAUUAACUGUCACCUUUGUAAUUCUUAAUCAACGGGAGCUUAAUUGUUAUUUUAUGAUAAUUGUCAAGUAUCAAUUAAUUUUAGAAGUAUAGGCAAUUUAACUUAUUGUAAAAAUUUCAUUUUAAUCUAUAUAUUUAUACACCUGUUCUAUAUUUAUACACUUGUACUAAGUAUCUUAGUAUCUUUAGAUUUAUGGGUAAUUUUAAGUGUCCCCGAUUAGCAGACCACUUGUGGUUAGUUAGAAGAUUUGACACGAUAAAUUUACUGACUGACUGUUACUCCAAAGCUAAUUCCAUCGCCUGUAAGUCUUGAAUUUCCAUUAUUUUCAGAAUUUAUUAUAUAUUCUUUGAAAUAUACAGUUUUCAUCUGA